AUGCAGAUCUUCGUCAAGACCCUUACGGGUAAGACUAUCACCCUUGAGGUGGAGUCUUCCGACACCAUCGACAAUGUCAAGUCCAAGAUCCAGGACAAGGAGGGCAUCCCCCCCGACCAGCAGCGCCUGAUCUUCGCCGGAAAGCAGCUCGAGGACGGCCGCACCCUUUCCGACUACAACAUCCAGAAGGAGUCCACCCUCCACCUGGUCCUGCGCCUCCGUGGAGGUGGCAAGAAGCGCAAGAAGAAGGUCUACACCACCCCCAAGAAGAUCAAGCACAAGCGCAAGAAGACCAAGUUGGCCGUCCUCAAGUACUACAAGGUCGACUCCGACGGCAAGAUUGAGCGUCUCCGCCGCGAGUGCCCCUCCGACACCUGCGGUGCCGGUGUUUUCAUGGCUGCCAUGAACGACCGCCAGUACUGCGGCCGCUGCCACCUCACCUACGUCUUCGACAAGAAGGAGUAA